UAUUUAUUAUAAAAAAUUACUAUAAAACUAAUAAGAAUACCGAGUUUAUAAUAAAAUUUGAUAUUAUUAUAGUUUCUUGUUCCAUUAUUUUGGAUUUCAUUAAUACAUAAUAUAAAAUUCACUUGCGCCUCAUCUCUUAGAAUUGAUUCAAAGAGCUUUAAAAUUUAAUAUAAGAAAAAGAAGAAACAAACUCGUUUCAUUCCAUUUAAUUUUAGUCAUACCAUGCAUCAUUUAUAUUUGAAUUUAAAUUAAAUUUGAAUACUAGAUGGCGCAAAAUAUUGUUAUAUUUGAAGUUAUAAUGCUAAUUUGCAAUUUAGUUGUAAAUUUAAAUUUGGAUUUAAUUUUGUAGCUAACUUUAUUCUGUUUUCCUAUUUAUUUUUAUAAUCAAAACAGCACAAACUUUGUUCAGAUUAGGUUAGUACUGACAUAAUUGUACGUCAUGUACGUUUCUCUCUUUCUGUACUUUAGUCCAAAGUUUACUUUUCUAGUCUCUUGUUUAUAUCAAUUUACUUAUUGUUAAUAUAUAAAUUAUAUAAAAGGAGUAUCAUAUUGUUAGAAGUAUAUAUACAUAUGUAAAAUAAUAUAACUAAAAUAUAAAUUUUAUUUCAAUGAACGUAUUGGAAUUUGAAAGAACAUUGUACGACAGAGGCAGCAGAAGAGAGAAAGGAUUUGAGGUUAACCUUUAUUUUUUGACUCUUGAAUAAGAAAUUAUGUGACAUUUAGCAUAUAAAAAUUGUACAGAUAUUUAAGAAAAUAUAUUGUCUUAUUCCAUUUACCUAUCACUUUCGUGCUAAUGAGACUGUCGUAAUGUUGGAUAUACUAGCGCUUCUUUUUAGGUUAUGUGUGCAGUGCGAGUUGCUUAUCGCAUUACGCUUUGCUAGGAGUUUAGUUUGUUAUAAAAUAAUUUUAAAAACUACAUAUUUAUACACGUAUGAUAUUGAAAUAGUUAUGUUAUUCUUAUCGAGAAUUGUAUUAUUGACACCAUCGAAGAGAGAUACACUUUCACUACCUGUUAUAACGGUAUUAUUAUUAAAAACUAUAAAACAUAUUUAUGUAUUUUUGCAAUGUGCUCUUUCUCUAUUCAAAUAUCGAUUCUGCGAGAAAAAAGCUCUUCACAAUUUAUAAAUACACAUCAAGCUUCAUGAAAGCUUUGUACUUGUUGAAUCAGUUGAAACUGAAACUUAAUCACUGGCUGGCUAUCAUUCAUUCUAUGUGUAUGAUAACUGUCAGUGGUACCCGCCAUUAUCAAGUGAUAACUGUAUCGCUAGAUUAGGAAGAAGAUCAGCGCACCAGUGCAUUGUUGAAGCAACUGGAGCACAACAAUGGAAUACAGCAGUUCGUCAGAAGAGUCAGAGAUGGCAAGCAGCCUCGAACCCCUAGUAUCGGCGCCUUUUAAGACACUAUCAGAACUAUAUGAUGCGUUAGAUGUUGGACUGAUGAUAGACUUCCCAUCGUCUGCCAAGUGGCUGAGGGAGUCAGCGGAUUAUGCGUACCGAGGUUCGGAUAUCAACAAGGAAUUUCCUAGGAAACUAGACAGACUGGUGCAACCCAGGACACUAGUCUGCCAUGACAUGAAAGGCGGUUAUCUCGAAGACAGAUUCUUACGGGGCUCUACGUCUCACGACUCCUACGUAUUUUAUCACUGGAACGUCAUCGACACAUUCGUCUACUUCAGUCAUCACUUUGUGACAAUCCCACCAGUAGGAUGGAUCAACGCGGCUCAUAGUCACGGUGUAAAAGUGUUGGGCACCGUCAUUACGGAAGGAAACAACGAUACGUGGGACGUGAUACUCGAGUCGCAGGAGAGCCUAAGAAGGUUCGCAGAUGCUCUGGUGCUGAUCGCUAAGUGCUAUCAAUUCGAGGGUUGGUUGUUGAACGUGGAGAAUACCAUCAAGCGCGAGGACGUUGACAAUCUAGUGAUUUUCAUGACGUAUCUAACGGAGCGCAGUCAUAUAGAGCUCGGCGUGGUCUCCGAGAUUAUCUGGUACGACAGCGUGAUCAAUUCGGGCGAGCUGAGCUGGCAGAACGAGCUCAACGACAAAAAUAAAGAGUUUUACUUGGCCUGCGACGGUAUAUUCUUAAAUUACAACUGGACCGAGUCACGGCUGAUCAACAGUCACAAAUAUUCACUGGAAAUAGAUUGCGGCGUUACGAACAUCUACGUGGGACUGGAUGUUUGGGGCAGAGGGUGUCCGGGUGGAGGAGGACUCAACUCCGCAUACGCGAUGAAUUUGAUACGGAAACAUGGACUGUCCGUGGCUAUCUUUGCACCCGGCUGGACGCACGAGCACUUUGGACCGAGUACUUUUCGCGUAUUGGAGGAUUUAUUUUGGGCGCAGCUUUUCCCCUACCUGUACGUGCACGUACCGAUUUACGAGGACGAGACAUUUAAGACAUCCUUUUGUCGAGGCGCUGGUCCCUGCUAUUAUUAUAACGGCGAGGAGCACUUUAAUCUGCGUGAGAUAAACGGCGAGGGUACGUACGGGAAGAAGGCAUUCUACAAUUUGCGCGUACAGCAACCGCAGCUGUCGGUUCCCGUGCCGCAUUUGCAAUUCACGCGAUCCAUCCAACGAGCCAUCAUUGAUAACAAUAAAGAUAGCAAGGACAAAAUUAAUAGAGAUCGUGAUGCAGAUGAUGAUGGUGGUAACGACAAGGCUGACAAAGAUAAGGAAGCUAAGAAGCCGGAGACGCGGGUAGAACACGUCUAUGAAAAUAGCAGGAGCACCGUGCGGAUACGCAGCAACGUCAUCAGCUUCGAGAACAAAUUAUCCGCGCCCGACGACAAUACUUUCGAGUUCUGCGAUAUAUUUUCGUUCGAAGGUGGUGGAUGCUUGAAAUUGGUCACCAGAAAUCCCAGAUCGUAUCAUAGAUUGUUCUUCAUACACUUUAGUAGUCGGCAAUUCAUUCAGGCAACGAUCAUCUACGCGAGAUCCGAGAGCAACCCAUCAAACGAAUCUGAAAAUUCUCCCAUUCUAGUUCUAGGCAGCAAUGGCCUUCUGAAAUGGAUUCUACCUUUUUCUACCGAUUUCGUCAGGUUGAACGACAAAUGGAAAAAAUGCGUCUAUUUGACGGACCUGAAAACAGUGGACCAGAUUGGCGUGUCAUUUCAAAGGCAGUGUGAGGGCUACCUGGGUAGUAUCACUUUGGAGAAGAGAGAACACAUUCACGGCGUCGUCCUGGUCGUCUUUGGCGUUCUGGUACUCGUUCAUGGUGCUUCCUUGGGCGGUUCCGGUGCAGGACUCUGGGCGGGUGCGGGCGCCCUGGUUGCUGGUGCGCUAGGAGUGGUUGCUACAUUGGCAACAUCAUCCACUAAAACAAAUUCUGCAUUUUCGUCCGCUCAUCUCGCAUCCAGCCUGAUUGCCCUUGCCCUUUCAAAUAUGGCUGCCAUCACGGCCUUGACAGCAGUCGUCAGGGAUUCACAGAGGACACCGGAAGUGUCGCUUCUCACUCUUUCGGAUGACGACAGCAACGUGGUGGAGGUGGACGGCGGUCUAGCGGGUUUGUUGGCGAGCAUCGGCCUGCUGGUGGCCAGCGUGGCGGAGUUGCUGGUGUCCGGCUACAGCUGCCUGACCUUGACACCGAAGUUGUGCGGCUGCCUCCGCGCGAACGCAGCGGACGAGGUGGCGAGCGACGGCCACCUGAAGACCCGCAACAUGGUUCACCAGUGGGUCAUCGCGCAGAACCACGUGCCAACCAAGAACCAGCAACCGCCACCGCCGCCAAUCUACGUGGUGCAGCCGAUGCCGAUCCCGAUGCAUCAUCCGAUGAUCCAGCCACCGUAUGGUAUGCCACCGACGCCCGGCAAGUUUCCGGGAGGAUUUGUGCCUGCUGGACCUCUUCCAAUUUCCACGCCGACACCAUACGGUGCCAUGCCCGUGUUACCUCACAUACCUCCGUACGCUACGCGACCGCCGUCUCAAAUAUUUCGGGCAAAACACAAACGCCAUCCGCUCGCGGAUCCGGAGGAGCCGGAAAGGAAGCGGCAAGUCGAGGCUAAGAGUGAAUCUUCAAAGAGGGGCUCGCCGACCGGCGAGGAUCAGGUGGACUUGGCGCAGACCUAUACAGGAUUGGACAAGAGAAUUUCCGAAGAGUUUAUUUCGAUUGCGAUGGACCCGGAUAGAAAAUCGAAGGCUUCAAGUCAUCAUGGUAGCGAGAUCGCGGCUACGAAGACUUUUUAAUAACUUUCAUUCACAAUUUUACUAAGAGGAAUCGGUGCAAAAAUGAGGCAUUUAAUUGUGAUUUCUAAGAUUUUUAGGUGUAGAACGUUAUUUCUAUUUAAAAUGGACUGUAUUAUAGACUCGCGUAUUACUUUUGCACGGAAUUAUUGAAUUUUAAUGAUACUAAACGCUUAUCCGUCGAACAUAAUAGCUCAUUAUAGUUAUCGUAAUUAUUUUCGAGGUCUGUGAAAGAAAAUGUAAAAUAGAGGUGCAAUAUCAAAAUGCAGUUACACCAUCGAGAGGGGAUCCAAGCGCCUAUUUAUCGUCUAAAGGACGUUGACGUAAUGCGAAUGUGUCACGAAGUUUUAUCUCGGCGUUUAAUGUCAUUAAGAAUGCGAGGAGUGAUUAUACUCGGUGACUCCUAACUACUAACGAAAUGUCAAGUUGUUUAUCAUAUAUUGUUAGCGAUACAAUAAGGACAAUAACUCCGUUACUUCGCGAUCGACUACUAAUCGCGUCGUACCGUUUCUCCCAAUCUUGUCGCAUUCCAUGUAUUUAAAUAACAUUAGGAUUAAAUAAUAAAUGUAGUAUCAGUAAUAAGAAAUGACGAGCGUAAGAACUUACAAUUUAUUUAGCAUGUUAACUAAAAUAGCUAUAUGUUCUUCAGAGCAUUGCUGUCUCCGACGAAAAGGCCAAGUUCUGAAGUUACCUGAUAACUACCUGAUACGCGUGCUCAAUUUUCUUAUUCUGUUACAUCUGUUUUUGACAAAUUAGAAGACAUUAUAAUUUUUUUUUAUUAGCAAAAAUGAUAUUUCUAUAAUGAUAAUUUUUAUAAAAGUCAUCAUUUCACACGUCAUACGACAGAAAAUGAAGAUUGAGUUAUGUCAGACUAAUUUGUUAAGCAUACAGAUAAUAUUAUUAUGUAUAAUUAUAGUAUAGAUAAUAUUGUUCUAAUCUUUGUUCAAAUCUAAUGCUUUUUUUAUUUGGAUUCUAAUAUCUAAGACGACCUUCUCUUAUUAGUUAAAACUGACUAUUAUGUUGUACAGUCAUAGUAUAUACUUUACUUCUUGUAAACAUUUAAGUAAAAUUUAUAUUGACUAUGAUUCUCAUAUCUUUCUAGAUAUAAACUAUCAUUUUUACAUUACAACAAGUAACGUGCAAUGUUUGAUAAUUUUAGAAGGGAAAUGUGUAAUCAACAAGAGAGAAUUUUUAAGUAAAACUUUAUUUUAUAUUAUUAUAUAACAAAAAAUAUAUAUAUAUAUUUCUUUUAUUAUUUAUUAUUCUAUAUUUAUAUUUCCUGCAUUAUUUUAUCUAAAUUCUGGAGACUAUAUUUUAUAAUAUGAGACAUAAAACUUAUACCAAUGCAAAUAUUUGUUAUCAUUUAAACUAUCUAUACUUUUAUACAGAGAUGAAUCAUUGAUUAAAUCCUUAAAUAAAAUGAUUUUGUUGUACAAUAUAA